AUGGUGUUAGCAGAAUUAGGGGGGAGCAUAUCGCGUGCUCUCCAGCAGAUGAGCAAUGCGACAAUUAUUGAUGAGAAAGUUCUGAACGAAUGCCUCAAUGAAAUCACUCGUGCUCUUCUUCAAGCUGAUGUUCAGUUUAAGCUUGUUCGUGAUAUGACCACUAAUAUUAAGAAAAUUGUCAAUCUUGACGAUCUUGCUGCUGGACAUAACAAGCGUAGGAUCAUCCAACAGGCGGUUUUUAAUGAGCUCUGCAAAAUAUUGGAUCCUGGGAAGCCUUCUUUUACACCGAAAAAAGGGAAACCCAGUAUUGUCAUGUUUGUUGGUUUGCAAGGGUCUGGAAAGACAACAACAUGUACAAAGUAUGCAUAUUACCACCAGAAAAAAGGUUGGAAACCAGCUUUAGUGUGUGCUGAUACAUUUAGAGCUGGUGCUUUCGAUCAAUUGAAGCAGAAUGCCACAAAAGCAAAGAUACCCUUUUAUGGGAGCUACACGGAGUCAGACCCUGUGAAAAUAGCAGUUGAUGGUGUUGAAACAUUUAAGAAGGAAAAUUGUGAUCUAAUAAUUGUUGAUACAAGUGGACGCCACAAACAAGAAGCUGCUCUUUUUGAAGAGAUGCGACAAGUUGCUGAAGCAACGAAACCAGAUCUUGUGAUUUUUGUUAUGGAUAGCAGUAUUGGUCAAGCUGCCUUUGAUCAAGCUCAAGCAUUUAAGCAAAGUGUUGCAGUUGGAGCUGUAAUUGUUACUAAGAUGGAUGGUCAUGCAAAAGGAGGUGGUGCCCUCAGUGCAGUUGCUGCAACAAAAAGUCCCGUCAUUUUUAUUGGAACUGGUGAACACAUGGACGAGUUUGAAGUUUUUGAUGUUAAGCCAUUUGUCAGCCGUCUUUUAGGCAUGGGUGAUUGGUCUGGGUUCAUGGACAAGAUACAUGAGGUUGUCCCGAUGGAUCAACAGCCUGAACUUCUUCAGAAGCUAUCGGAAGGACAUUUUACCUUGAGGAUUAUGUAUGAGCAAUUUCAGAACAUACUUAAAAUGGGCCCCAUUGGCCAGGUUUUUUCCAUGCUUCCAGGAUUCAGUGCAGAGUUGAUGCCAAAAGGACGUGAAAAUGAAAGCCAGGCAAAAAUUAAACGAUACAUGACAAUGAUGGACUCAAUGACUAAUGAAGAAUUGGAUAGUUCCAAUCCUAAGCUUAUGACCGACUCCCGAAUUAUGCGGAUAGCCAGGGGUUCCGGCCGCCAAGUGCACGAGGUAAUGGAUAUGAUGGAGGAAUACAAACGACUGGCUAAGAUAUGGAGUAAGAUGAAGGGACUUAAGAUUCCAAAGAAGGGAGAGAUGAGCGCCUUGUCUCGAAACAUGAAUGCACAACACAUGAGCAAAGUCUUGCCUCCCCAGAUGUUGAAACAAAUAGGCGGUAUGGGUGGUUUGCAGAACUUGAUGAAGCAAAUGGGUUCUGCCAAGGACAUGAUGGGUGGUAUGGGUGGUAUGUUUGGUGGUGGAGACAAGUAAACAUGAAAGCACAGUUAACAGUUAAAACUCAAAGCUGGCAAAUCUUUUUUCUUUUUUUUUGUUAACUGGGAACAUCUUAACCCCAGAGUUUCCUCUUUCUCCUUGUAUUAGUGGUCAUAGAUUUUGAAAUUUUAGGAAGCAGAUAAUGUCAAAUUGUCAAUAGAAGGAUUUGCUAUGAUUCAUGUAUGCUUGAUGAUUUUCUUUGUUGUAAUUUUGUAGCAGGAUGUUUCAUAAGUACAAAUUGUUGAGUGUAUAGCAUUGUAACUGUCAAUCUUUUCUCUCUACCAUCAAUCGAAACCGAUUGAACGGAAAAAAAAGUUAUUGGUUUAUCGA